AUGAAAUUUUGUCCUGUGUUCCUGCCCCUCAGAAUUAGAAAGAAGGCAUUAGAGAGGAGAGAGGAAACAAUUAUUGUGGAUCGGGCUUGCAGACAAGAAACUCUUGCUUAUGAGAUGGAGUCGCAUGCAAUUGGAAAGAGGCCAGAGAAUCCAGCAGAUCUAGUUGAGGAGGGAGAACUGCUUUUAACUCUGAACAUCUUCUAUCCUGUCAUAUUUCAGAAGCAUAAAGAUCACAAACCUUAUCAGACAGUCCUUGUACUGGGCAGCCAGAAGCUCACCGAGCUGAGAGACUCAAUUUCCUGUGUCAGUGACCUCCAGAUAGGUGGCGAGUUCAGCAGUCAGCCAGAUCAAGCACCAGAGCACAUCAGCAAGGAUCUCUACAAGUCUGCUUUUUUUUAUUUUGAAGGCAUCUUUUAUAAUGAUAAAAGAUAUCCAGAGUGCAGAGAUCUCAGCAGGUACAGUAUUUGUAGACAUGACUAA